CCAAUAGUAAAAAAAUUUUAUUGUUGUAGGGUGUUUGCUAUUUAUGUUGCUGAUUAUUUUUGUAUUGGAACAUUAUACAAGUUUUUUGUUAUAAAACAAGCACUAAGAAGUAAUCAAGUGAAAUACGAAAACAGAUAUGGACAAUUUUUCAAAGCUGUUGGAGGAAGAAUCAGAAUCUAUCAAUAGUUCAUUAGAAAAAAUUGAACAAGAAGUGGAUAGUCUUUAUCACCGAAAGAACAACACCGAUGAAGAAACACAUGCUGCAUUAAGUAUUUUAGAGAAAAUCAGUGAUACUGAAACUGCCCUAAAUGAAAUGCUGGAACAAGUAGAGAGGGAAAACGUUUAUUUAAGUAAGAAGACAGAUGAAACAAGAGCCGAUUUAAAAACAAUGUCAAAACUUGUAGAUGAUAUAGAGAAAACUUUAGCAGUGAAGUGUAGUAGUUCGACUGAUACAAAAACAGAAUCAUCACCAGAUGUUUUUUUUAAUAAAAAAGACGUUGUUAGUACCAUCAAACAAGAGGAGGAUUCAAGAGAUCUUAGUACAUGCCUUGACGAUUUGGAAGAAGAAAUUAGUUCUUUAUAUGAAAAUUAGAACAUUCUUCUACUUGUAAUUGUUUUGAUCAUAUUCAAUAAUGUGCUACAUAAGAUCACUGCCAUUUCGCUUGUAUCUUAUUUUGGAGAUACUAGGUAUGGUAUUUAUCACUUUUUUUAAAGUAUUUAUUUUGAAAUGUAAAUUAUUUAUAACUGGUAUUCAAGUUGUAUUGGAGCUAAAGUGGUUUGAAUAUAAUAUUAAAAAUAAUAAUUUCCUUUUAUUAUCAUCAAAUACAUGAUAACUUCAUAACGUUUUAUGCUUUUAAAAAUAUAUCCACAUACAAACAAGGCAUUCAAAACUAAUUAUUUUAAAUGCAUAUAAAAACUAGUAAUUUCAAUUUACUCUUGGUUUGCACAAUCACUAGCAUUUAUCAAAUAAAAUUUAAAUAAUAAUAAUAUUUGUCUGAUGCAUAUGUGCUAUCACAGUUAACAAAAAAGAAUGCUAGGGUAUAAAUCAAGACAUGUAACCAUAAAUGUACAGGUGCAUAUGCUAUUAGUUCAUUAGAAAAAAAAA